AUGUUCCGAUCAAGUUCCGACCUUCCGGCGAAAUCAAUGUCGACCCAGGUCAGACCGGAGGACAAAUUCUCCGGCAGGCUAAUUUCCAAGGAAACAUCGUCGACGCCGGCGCCGAAUUCCUCCUUCCGAGUGUACUACGGUGGAGUCUCCGGCACCGUCCCUUUUACAUGGGAAUCUUGUCCGGGAACUCCAAAACAUCCUUUAUCACAUUCAACAUCUCUUCCUCCUUUAACUCCUCCCCCUUCAUACUACUCCUACAACUCCGAUUCCACCCACCGCCGCCGUCGUUGUUCAAGAUCCAAUCUUUUCCGCAAUUUCUGGUCAAAUUUCAACCAAAGAACAUCAUCCCGCCGUAUUCCUCCAUCUCCAUCGCUAUCAUCUUCAUCAUGGUCAUCCUGUUCUUCCACAAGAUCUUCAUCGUCCUCUGUUCAUAGCAUGCCUUCCAGUUUGAGAGGGAAAAACCAGAUGCGGAAUUGGGAAUUCUUUGACCAUAAUCGAAACAAAUCAAUUAAUGAUGAUGAUGAUAGUGGCGGUUGGCGUACGCCGUGUUUUGGUUUUGGAAAACAGAUUAAUGGUGGGUCGAUUCGAGAUGUUUAUGCGGUUGGAGUGGCUAAGAAGGCUUUGCAGGUGUUAUUGGGUCGUGGAUCUGGUCAUUGA